AUGUUCAUUGUUGGUAUUAAAACAGUUACUCGAUCAGUAUGGCAAGCAUGGGAUUCUGUUGCUAUUCUUCCAUGUCUGUCAAAAGAUCGACUUUUAAUACAUCUACUUCAUCGUCAAGCAUGUCUUGAUUCUCAAACGAAAUAUAUUGAUCCAAGUACGAAGUUACAAGUUCUAACACGAUAUGCUCAUCUACAACGAGGAAAAUGUUGUGGAAGUCAAUGUCGACAUUGUCCUUACGGUCAUAUGAAUGUUGAAAUCAAUCUUAACCGACCGCGAAAAAUCUUCAACACUUCAUAUUACGAAUAA